AUGCAUUUAAAUAAAAUUCAAAAUUACUUUAUAGUUUUCAUAGAGUUAUCAAGCUGUCAACUUCUUAUUGAGAGUAUUGAAUCGACGCAAAAAUUUGAAAUGCUAUUUAUGGUAUUUCUCUAUAUUCGAUCAACUGAUAGUCGAGACUGCGUUGACAACGUAAAGGGUUUGUGUGAAACGAAUAAUAUUUUCGGUUGGUGCUUUCAUGACAAGGUUACUGGGGUGUUCAAUUGUGAUUCCUCAAUGUACUGUGCAAAUCAGGAAUUUCUACGCGGAAAAAUGAACUCUACAGGAUGCUUCGACCGCGCUAGUGAUGACAUUAAGUGUUGCUGCAAUGAAGCCGAUAUGUGCAACUAUAAUUUUUUGAAUUUGAAAAUGGAAGCCACAAUUGGCUAUCAAAGUUGCAUUUUUAACUAUCAAACAUCUGAAACAACAAUCCACUUCAAGAACUGUAUUGAUCCUUGGUGUUUUGCAUAUUUAAAAUAUGUAUGGAUAUUUUUUAUUUUGAAUAAUUCACUUCAUUAUAUUUUAAAGCAGUUUUUUCUGCUUAAUUGCUGUAGUUAUUCUUUUCUAAAAAUUUAUAACGAGUAA